AUGCGGAGCCUCACCGCACUCCUCGCCCUCGCAACAUCGAUAAUGGCAGAGACCCUCCUAUACAGCAAUCCCCUCAAUUCGACCGCCGACGUUGCAACGUGGGUCGCAGAGGGGCCCCUCAACGUAGCAGCCGUCAACGACACAAUUGAGCUCUCGGGCGGCGGCAACCCGGACGACUACUUCGUCUACUGGGUUCCCGAGGUCUUCCCUGACGGCAUCCGCAUCACCUGGGAGUUCUCCCCGCGCAACGAGCCCGGCCUGGCCAUGUUCUUCUUCGGCGCCGCCACCGUCGCCGACGAUGGCAAGGGGUCCAUCUUCGACCCUGCCUUGAAACCCAGAAACGGGAGUUAUCCGCAGUACCACUCCUCUGAUAUCCGCACCCUGCACGCGUCCUACUUCCGCAGGCGGUGGCCUGAGGAGAGGGCGUUCCACCUGGCGAACCUGCGCAAGUCGCCCGGCUUCCACCUCGUCUCCCAAGGCGCGGACCCUCUGCCCCCCGUCCCCGACGCCGCUGGUGCGUUUUACAAGAUUGAAGUGGUAAAGGACAAGCGGGAGGUCAAGUUCCGUAUCAAUGACUUGUCCAUCUUUGAGUUUUAUGACGACAAGUCUACGGGUCCCAUCAUCCGCGACGGAAGGAUCGGGUUCAGACAGAUGCAGCCGCUCGUCGCGAGAUAUCGUAACCUCCGGGUGUGGAAGCUUUGA